AGUGAUUCGGAUUCACUGCCGCGUUCAGCCCCGGCCCGCCCGGGUCCCCGCCACCCUCCCGCGGCUGCUGCGUCCCAGGCCGGUCCCCGGCGGGACCCCGAGCCGGGCAGAGCCCCGGAGCCCCAGCGCGGAGCGAAGCAAGAUUUUCAGGGCUGACGUUCUUUCCCGGUUGGAGUGGGGUGAAGAUCCAGGGGUUCUGGCGCUCCGGGCCUCUGACGAAAGGGAGCUGCUGAGAGGUGCUGCACGGAUACUACUGUGAUGGGUGACACAGACAAAGAAACGUAGCUACAGAGUGGAGAAGUCCAGCUCAAAGAACAGAACGAUUCAGGCUGAAUCCUUCAGGAUUUGUGUUUCUGCUUCUAAAUUUGAGACAGCAAAUCUAAACUGUGCUGCAGUAACACUAGUGCGAGGUGAAAUGGCGGAACCCGAAAAGAAAAAGAUUCGAAGGCUGUGCUCUUUUAAAGACGAGUGGUUGCAACUCCCAGAGUACCGGAAUUGGCUUACAAAGGCAAGCGAAGAGUCGGGAUACUGUUCUAUUUGUCAUGUUCAAUUCAAGGUUCACUUUGAUUCUGUAAAAGCUAUCCAGCAUCAUGCAGAGACAGCAGGUCACAAAAUCAAAGUACGAGGACAAGUCCAGUCCAGUCCAAUUGAUAAAUUCUUCGUAAAGAUUGAUACCUCCGAAGAACAACAGGUGUGCACGGCUGAAUUGCUCUUAACAUACCAUGGAGUUACACACCACCACAGCUACCAUUCUCAAGACUGUGGAAAUAAACUCUACCCCUCCAUUUUCACUGAUUCCAAGUUAGCUUCCAAAAUUCACUGUGGAAGGAGUAAAACGGAGGCUUUGAUUGAGACCGUAUUAGCACCCCAUUCAUUAAAACUGGCCAUGCAAGACAUUGGAUCCUCAUCAUUCUCAAUAGUGACAGAUGCUUCUAAUAAAGGGAACACAAAAUUAUUCCCAGUUGCCCUCCGCUACUUUAAUAAAGAUAAGGGAAGUUGCACAUGUAUCGUAGACUUUUUCGAGGAUGCAGAUGAAACGUCAGAGGCAAUCGCAAACAACUUAAGAAGAUGUCUUCAAAAUGCCGGUCUGAUACAUAAUAAAAUUGUGGCAUACGGCGCAGACAACGCAUCUGUCAAUUUUGGAAAACACAAGUCUGUUUUGGUGCACCUAAAACAAAUGUUGGAUUUACCAAACCUUGUGCCAGGGCAUUGCAGCACUCACAUAGUGCACAAUACAGCAAAACAUGGCUUGAAAAUGCUCUCUUACGAUGUAGAGAAUUUGGUCAUCAAGGUUUUCAGUGAAUUCUCGUCCAGUGCAAAGAAUAUUAGUGAACUUAAAGAGUUCUUUGACUUCCUGGAGACAGAAUAUUCGGAAAUCUUACGCCAUGUACCUACGCGUUUUGUGACCCUUUUCACUGCCGUCGACAGGUUACUGAAGCAUUGGCCUGCCCUCAAAUCUUACUUUGUGAACAAAGGAGAGGAAAAAGUGAGCUGCGCAAUAUGGGCCUUUCUUUCCGAGCAAGAGGACGCAGUAUCCGAUGAUGACAUUAUUACGCUUCCCGAGCUGUACAUCUACUUUGUGCACAACAUUCUGAGCCAAUUUAACAACACCAUAAAGGUUCUUGAAAGUGAUUUCAUUCAGGUAACUGAACUGUAUGGCAUAUUCAACAGGCUGAGAAGAGAGAUUCAGAAUCGGCAAGAGCAAGGCUUCUAUGGGUACAAGGUGACACAGUUCUUGAAGAAACUGCCGCCUAAUGAGCAGAAUAAAUUUGUUGGCGAUGCCCAACGGGCUUACACACGCAUGCUGCAGUACCUGGAAAAGUGGUUUGAUUUCAGCGAAAACUCUUUCUAUGUGUUGUGUGCACCACUCAAUCUGGACGGACCUCUUGAGCUAGACAAACUGUGUGCUUUGACUACAAACUGGGACAUUCAAGUAGACGGAGAUGAACUCUUUACAGAAAUGUGCUCAUUGAAUGAUGCGCUACCAACCCUAAAGAGUUUGACAAAUGAUGCUGAAUCGACAUUGUCCCCGCAGCAACAAGAGCGCCACCAUCGAAUCAAUGUCUCUGAGGUAUGGGUAGAAUUCUUUAAGCGCUGGGAGGCCCCGAACUUACUUAAAAUUGUCCAGCAUGUGCUUGCUGUACCACCCACCAACGCAUUUGUGGAACAUAUUUUCAGUGUUAUGAAGAACUUGAGGACUAACGAAAGGAAUCAGCUCCAGGUGGACAUGCUGAAAGCUCAGUUAUUCGUGCACUUCAACUAUAAAAUGACAUGUGCCGAGUUUGCUGGAUUUUUGAAGACAAAAGCAGCGAAGGAGCUUGUGGUGGCAGCAAGAAAAGAACAGAAGUAUAAAUCAGGUGAGGAGAUGAUGAGUGAGAACGUGGAAGAGACUCCUCAGCAGGAAGAUCCCGAGCAAGUUGAAACUCAAGGGCCUUUAUUGGGUAGAUCUGAAGCGACUGUGUCCUGGAGUCCAGAGCCUGGAAAAGCUGGUGGGUCUCAGCACAGGCCAGAGAGACAGCAGGGAAACCAGGCCGGGAAGAACGCAGGUAAAUCCACUCAAUGUGAAGGUGGUUCGAAGAAUCUUAGCGAAAACAUGAUGCACCAGAGAUCCUCCAAAGGGGAGGGGAAAAACACAUGCACCGAGUGUGGGAAAAGCUUCAGUCGGAGUUUAUACCUUAUCAUACACCGCAGAACCCACACAGGAGAAAGACCUCAUAAAUGUCUUCAGUGUGGGAAAAACUUUAUUGGCAUCCCAACCCUGAAAAAACAUCAGAAAAUCCACACGAGAGAAAAAUCCUAUAAGUGCCCCGACUGCGGGAAAACCUUUGGUGAGAGAUCACACCUUAUUGGCCACCAGAGAGUCCACAGAGAAGCAAAAACCUUCAUAUGCUCUCAGUGUGGGGAAACCUUCUGUAACUGGUCAUCCUUUCUUAGACAUGAGAGAAUCCACACCGGAGAGAGAGCUAAACCUUAUAGCUGCCCCGAGUGUGGGGAGAACUUCCGUGAUAGGACUGGUCUUGUGAGGCAUCAGACAACUCACACAGGAGAGAAACCCUAUAACUGCCUGAAGUGUGGAGAAAGCUUCAGUCGGCGCUCAAACCUUACCAGGCACCAGAAAGUUCACACUGGGGAGAGACCCUAUAAGUGCCUCAAGUGUGGGAAAAGCUUCAGUCAGAAAUCAACCCGCAGUAGACAUCUGAGAACCCACUGGGGAGAAAGCGAAUAAAUGCCCCGACUAGGACGGGCUGAAGUGAGUUAGACUGGAGCAGUUGAGACUAGCUUCCUUUUGAACUGCCAGCUUUCUGUGUGCUCUAAAAUCCACACGUGGACCUGGAUUGUCUUGAAAAU